GUUUUUAUAAUAGCACACGCUUAUAAUAGUACACGUUAAAUAUUUGUGCAGUUAUCAUUCGAUUGGAUUUUUUUAUAAAAAUUAUGAAUUUCAUAAUUUUUGCCAUUCUUAUAAUAUUUCAAACCUAUCAAUUUAGUCAGGCUGAUUUAAGUUUUGAAGAGAAACAAAAGGAAAAAAGUGGGAUUCAUUUUAAUAAAUCGGAAUGGAUGACAAAGGAUUUAUUUAAUUUAGAAUUAUCGACUAUAGGACAAAUGGAACAAAUUACACAUCCUGUGAUAAAAGAAAUUCGACUUCAAACUGAUACUUUAAGGAAAACAGGGAAAAAUCCUUCCGAAUGCAUUCAUCAAUUUUCAAAGGCUUUAUUAUCCUAUAUUGAUGAAUUUUAUGAUGAAUUGGAUCAGUGCAAUAUAACAGAAAAUCAUCUAAAUAAUGUUCAGGAUGCUCAUGUCUGCUAUGAAAAAGUUGUUUCUGCCUUUAAAUCAUUAACAAAUGGAGUUAAAGAUUAUUUUAAACACUGUGUUGAAAAUUUAUAAAUACGUAUAUACUAUUGAAGGCCGUAAAUUGACAUCUUCAUCUUUGUCGAGAGGAUCACGUGGAAUUUCAGUGGUAAAUUGUGGUAAAAAGCCUCCUAUCCACUUUACAUGAUUAGAUUCCUUUUCUCUAUCUGUGAAAACAUCUUCCACUUCCCCUUUUUC